AUGGUCCUGCGAAUUAUUGUUGGUGCGCGACGUCCACUGACUGUUGGGGAGAUGGCCAUGGCCUUGGGGUUAGCAACAUCCCGGAAUGCAAAAAUAGCAUCAGAAGCAUGCCUGAAAGUGAACAGAUUGGAUGAGAAAAUACGGCGAUUAUGUGGCCUCUUUGUCUUCAUCAAAGAUUCUAAAAUCUAUCUCAUUCAUCAGACGGCGAGAGAGUUUCUCACAGGCAAGGUUGAUAGAUCACCGAACUUCAAGUGGUAUCUUCAGCCAAACAUAACAGAGGCACUAAUGGCCGAAAUCUGCGUCAGAUAUCUCCUUACGGAUGAUCUGGUCAGUAACGAUGGAGAGAUCAAUUGGGCAGAUCAUUUCCGGGAUAUACUAAUACCAGACGCUAAACUGAUGGAAUGGGUUUGGGAGCUAUAUAGAAUUACCACCGAUCGGUUUCGUUUAUGGUUUGCCAACUUUUGGGAAAUAGCAAUGCCUUAUCAUGAGGACACCAAGAUGGACGUAUUGCACUUAGCUGCAUUCAAUGGACAUCAAAAUAUUCUGUGUGAGAUGGCUAUGAAUGAGAGGGGUUCAAUUGAUGCGACUGAUAGAUCAGGAACAAACGCAUUACAAUGGGCCUGUAUGCAGGGACAUUCUGAAGUUGUCCCACAACUACUGGAAAGGGGGGCCGAUGUCAAUGCUGAGGGAGGAAAAUAUGGCAAUGCUCUACAAGCUGCUAGUGGACAAGGACAUCGUAAGAUCGUUCAACUACUCCUCGAGAAUGGAGCCGAUGUCAAUGCUCAGGGAGGACAAUAUGGCAAUGUUCUCCAGGCUGCUGCUCAAGGAGGUCAUUUCGAUGUCGUUCAACUACUGCUCGAAAAUGGAGCCGAUGUCAAUGCUCAGGGAGGAUACUAUCGCAAUGCUCUCUACGCUGCUGUUAAUCGAAGAAAUCUUGAAAUUAUUCAACUACUGCUUGAAAAUGGAGCCGAUGUCAAUGCUCAGGGAGGACAAUAUGGCAAUGCUGUCCAGGCUGCUGCUCAAGGAGGACAUUUUGACGUCGUUCAACUACUGCUCGAAAAUGGAGCUGAUGUCAAUGCUCAGGGAGGAUACUACGGCAAUGCUCUCCAGGCUGCUGCUCAAGGAGGACAUCUUGAGAUUGUCCAGCUACUACACGACAAAGGAGCAGAUGUCAAUGCGCAGGGUGGAUAA